AUGGUCCUACCGCGUAAAGCGGCUCUGUAGUAUGGCAGCUUGUAGCUGUAGCCUAGCUGUUAUGGUGUUGUUAGAGUAGAGAGGAUUAAAUAUUCAUCUUUUUAUAGCUUUCGGGUAUUGAAGUUGUUUCUUAGCUCAGUUUGAGUCGCUGGGUCUGAAUGUUCAAAGCCGUUUUGUUUACCAUUCGCUUGUUAAGUAUAGUAUUUAUUCACUUUAGCUUGAGCACAGAUGGUAAAGUUAGCCACUUGCGUUUGUUUUCACUUUCCAGGAAGUCUUGCUGGAUAUUCUAUCAGAUAAAUAGUUAACAGAUACCCUCCUCUGUGCCAGGAUGCUCCUCGUGGUACUGGUUGUCAGCCUGUUUCUGUCUGGCUCUGCACAGGAUGCUGAUUGGCUAGACCCUUAUGAUAUGCUCAACUACGAUGCAAGCACCAAAACGAUGAGGGAGCCUGCAGAGUCUGCAAACUAUGACAAUGUGCCAACCAAGAGGAGAGAGUUUACUCGGGACUCCAAUCAGGAGGAGCUGACGUCGUGCAACUCACAAGUGGUGGAUCUGAAGAAACAGAUUGAAGAACUGAAGAAGAAAAUAUCGGUCAUAUCACAGCAGCCUACAUGCAAUCCAGUUUUCAAACGAUUCCUCACCAGACUCCGGAAGGAAAUACGACGAGUUGGUGUGCCAAGUGACUCAACAGAAGUCUUUUAUGAUGCCAACAUCAGACUCUCCACCCAAGCCAUGACAGAGAUUGAGGCUCUCCUGGAGGGGGAAGACAGCUGGAGAACGGGAGCUCUGGACAACGCCAUCAGUCAGAUACUGGUGGAUCUCAGACCACAUGACUACGAGGCAUGGAAGUGGCGUUUUGAAGAUAGCUUUGGUGUGGAGCUUGACACAGUAUUAAAGAUGGGCCUCUUUGUACUGGUGAUUGUGGCCAUUAUAUGCACUCAGCUGUGGUCCACGGUGUCCUGGUUCAUGCAGUUCAAACGACUGUUCGCUGUCUGCUUCCUCGUCAGUAUUGUCUGGAACUGGCUCUAUCUGUACAAGAUUGCCUUUGCUGACCACCAAAGAAACCAAGUGAAGAUGGAGAACUAUGAGAAGUGCACUGGAUUGAAGAAGUUUGACUGGAGUGACAGCUUGAAAGAAUUCUUUAGAAGCACUUUGACUCUUCAAGAUGACCCCUGUAAGAAAUACUAUGAAGUCCUCCUGGUCAACCCCAUUCUGCUCGUACCUCCAACCAAGGCGAUUGCAGUUACCAUCACGACCGUCAUCACGGAGCCGCUGAAGCAUGUCGGGCAGGGUAUCAGUGAGUUUCUUGUUGCCCUCCUCAAAGAUCUUCCGAUUACCCUGCAGAUCCCAGUUCUCCUCACCAUCGUGCUUGCCAUCGUUGUAUGCAUGUAUGGAGGUGUGCAGGCAGUCUUCCAGUAUGGCAUCGCUGCUCCUUUCCGCCGACCUCGCAGGGAUCCACCUCCUCCACAGCUGGGGCAUCAGCAGCAGCCUCGAAUCCAGGAGAUAGAGGGCUGCGACUACUUAGCAGGCGGGGACGCACCACAACGUGCCCCAAGGCUCCGAGAUGCUGCUAUUGCUGAUCGCGGGAACCAGCUUCGUCAGAGGCGGCCCCACAGACCCAGGGAGGAGCCAGCCAUAGAGGUUGUGGAAACACUUCACGCUGUCGAGCCUCCCUACAGCGAGGACGAGGUAGAUAUUGCGCAGCGUGAGCCGGAGCAGAUUGUCUCUGCUGAGUCGGAAAACCAGUCGGAGACACAAGAGGAGCUCGAAGAAGAGAGUGCUAGCGAUGUUACUGCUAACACGACCAAAACAGAAUCUAAACCUGCAAAACCUAAACCUCUGAAAGGGAAUGAAGUGCCUCCUCCAGAGAUACUCAGCAAAGACAGUGCAGCAGCUCGAUCUCAGCCAGAAGGAAGACCGCCCGCACAGACCGAUGUCCAGCUUUGCCCAUGCAAAAAUGGGAUGGUGAAUAUUCACAUGCGACAUAAAUUGCAGGACCUGCAGGCCCCAGCAGAGGACAGGCUCGCCACUGUCUCGCUGACGCACAUUGAAACCUUUGGAGUUCCUGUUCAGGAGACGUCUCCAACACUAGCCGAGUAGGCAGUUUCUGAGCAGGAAGAUUAACAUGUCCGGUGCUUUUUGCCAGACUGUGAUGCAAAGGACAGUUGAGAUGUACAGGCAUUGUUAAAAUGUGCAUGAAUAACAUUUCGACUGUAACCCAAUCAGGGAGUCAGUCCAGUGUUGCCAACUUAGUUCAUAUUUCUGCCGUGGAGCCAAAGGAAGGUAUCUUUCCCUGAGUGCAGAUACCAAUACUGUUUGAUGAAUCUGUUAAUUAUUUCAGGGUUAUUAUUUCAUCUGAUGUAUUUAUUCAGUUUGAAAGAGCAACAUCUUUCACCAAUUGCACAGCAGCUAUAGGCUUAAACAGGUAUCAGGGAAACGCAUAUGUUGAAAAUCAGUAUUGUUCAUUUGAUCUGUUGUUCAAUAUUACCCAUGGACAGGGACUUACAAGCUAGGUUUUCCUAGUUUCAGUAUAAUGACAAUACAGACUGUUUUGAUUAUUAAAAUGAAUGCUCGAAAUAUAAA